GUGGAAGCGCAACAAGUGUUUUGUAAUUUAUAAUUUAAAAGACAUGUGUGCAGUUUGAACGUUACAAAUUAUUGUACUGCGAUAUUAGAAGUGUUCUUGGUUCGUGAAAAUCCUAGAUUUCGUGUUUGGACGGUCGGAUGUGUCUCUCGACAACCAUAGGAGAUCACAAUAUCAGAGUGCCCUGGCGAUAUCCAAAGGCUUGCUGAUGCCACAGCCAGGGAUAUUCUGUUCUGAAAACGAUGAAGAAAAAGCCCGAUACCUACACAAGAGCAGGUAGGUCUAAUGUGACGCUCAAGAACUUUCUCAAUAACCUUAAAGAAAAUGAUUUACACUUUGAAAACAAUCAGAUUACUCAGUGUGUUUUUCUGGGGGUGUUGAGAUUGAAACCAGUGCCUUCUAUGUUUUGCACUUCAACUACUGCCUCUGCAGAUAGUUUUCUGGAAGUGAAGAACACGAAGAAACGUAAUCGACGAAUUGGGAAUAAUAACAGUAAUAAGGAACUCAAUAAGAACUCAAAUCGUAAAAGAGACCUCAAUAAGGUGAUAAGUGGUAGAAUUAGCAAAAAAAACACUAUUAAAGUCAAACAGUCUGUGAAGAAAGUGCCUAGAAAACAAACUAUUCUGAAAGUGAAUUUCAAAAUGAAUAAGAAACCGGAAACCCCUUCUGCUGCUAGUGGUUCAAGCAAUAGCAUAAUUCUAUCAGAUACCAAAAUUAUACCACAAUGUGCCUCAUUGUCAAGAAGCCCCAUUGGAGACCAAUCUAAAUCCAACCCUGUACAGAACCUAUUCGAUAAGCUGAAACAACAAAUUGAUGAGAGAAAUCACCACCAAGAAACUUCUUCUGAGUUCCCACAGGCCAAAAAGCUGAGAAAUAAAGCUAGCAAGAAAAAAACUCCACCAGAUCGUUUACCAAUGCCUUUACAAUUUGGAAGCCCCAACAUAGAGGUUGAUAGUGACUCAAGUGGAUUCAAAGAUGAUGGCAUCACUUGUUCAAGCUCUGAUACAAACAGUAUUUCCCCUGUUUCCCAAAAUUCAAUAGAUGCCAAAUCGCAUCACCCUUCAACACAAGUUUGUAAUAAAGAAGUUAUUUUGAUUGAGGAUGAAGAUGCUCUAAGAAAUGAUGUAGUGGUCUUAGAUGGGCCUACCAAUAGUUUGUUAUCUGUAGACACACCUCAAAAUAGUGAUGCUAUCAUAAAAACCUCACCAAAAAUUUUGAGAGUGUCUCCCAGAAAUAAAAAGGUUGAUGAAACAAAACAAUCUGAGGUUGGUGCAGAAAUGAGAGAACUGAAAAUAACAGUGCCUACUAGUGAUGACAAUAGUGACAGAAAUCCAUCACCAUCUCUUUUACAAACAUUCAUACAGGAAGGUGAUUCUGAUAAGCCCAAAAGAAGACGCAGGUUGUUGCCAAUGGCUAUGCCCUCAAUUUUCUUCAACACUCCCAUGCUGUUGAGAUCUGAACUUGCUCAAAAGAGGGGUGCUCCAAUGGACAAUAAACCUGCUUCUAAAGCUGUGCCUAGGCUGACUAGAUCAGAAAUAAAACAAGAGAAACAUAGAAAAGAUCAGCCCCUUCAGAAAAGUCAGAAUAAUGAUAAUUUGAUAUAUGAGGUUGUUAAGCCUACAAAUGUAAUGGAAACAGUGUGUAAUAAUGAUAAAGAAGUUAUAGUGAUAGAGGAUAUGCCACCCAAAGUUGAACCUUUGAUAUUGAAACUGAGAGUGUCUCAGCAGAAGGCCAGCACCUCAAAGGAAAUAGCUCAGGUAGUGGUUGAAGAUGAAAAAAAUGUUCCUCAAGCACAUCAGUCUCCUGAGAAAUUAGAGUUUGAAGAAGAAUUUGAUCAUGUUUUUGAAAUCAGUAAUGAAAUCCAAGAAGCCAAAAUGUCUCCUAAAAAACAAGUAAGUGUUGAACAAAAAAAAGUAGUUGAUAUUGUUAUUAUUGAUGAUGAUAAUGUAAAAUCUAGUGGAGUUUUUGAAAUGGAAACAGAAAAAACAAGUUCAGAUGAUAUUAUUCUUGUUGAUGAUGACAAUGCUAAGUCAAUUAAUCCUAAAAUAACAGUAGUCAAAGAGAGUGUCUUGAGAAGUCCUCAAGACAAUAUUUCCAUUAUUAAUAAAACUCCUAAGCAACAUAUGAAUGAUUCAGUAAUUGAAGAAAACCCCCAAGGCAAGGAUUCAAAUUUUAGAAUCAACCCUAAACAUGAAGUUACAGCUAUAAAAAAAAUUGACUUGACAAGUUCAGAAAACAAGGAAUCGUAUCCUGAUGAUAUAGUUUCAGAACAUGAAGUUAUUUUAGUAGAUUGCUCAGAUGGUGUAUCCAAUAAUGUCACAGAUCUUAUCAGAACUCAAAAAUCAUCAAAACUUCAGGAAACCAUUGAAGAAACUUUAUUGAAUCCAAAAUCGCCUGAAUUACAUGAAAAUAUUAUUGAUGUUGAUUCAGAUGAAGAAUCUGUGAAGGAAACAACACAGUUGAAUCAGAAAAACUUACAAAACAUCCAGGUAGUAAAAAUUGGUGCAUCAAACAAUUCUGAGGAAAUUGAUAAUACUGACUUGGUAGAUAUCAGCAAAGAGGAAGACGCCAAAUUACUAGAAGACAAUGAUGAGAAAGGUUCACCUGCACCAAAAACAACUAUACACAAAAGUUCAAUGCCUCUGUCAGCAACAUCCAUCGUUUUGAGAUCAGAAAAUCCACAACAAAAUUUAACAGAUCAAGACACUGAAGUUACACAAGCAACAAUUGAUGCCUCCAUUGAUGCUGAUGUGGAAAGUCUUUCUAUAUUGAAAGUGGAAGAGAUUUCCAUCAUAGAUCACAAAAUUGUUGUGGAUCAGAAAACUGAAGCCAUACCUACUGAGCCUGAAAGUAUUGAAAUAAACAGUACUGUUGAAGACAGUGAUCAGAAAGGUUCUCCUGUACCAAAAACAAUGAUACACAAAAUUUCAAUGCCUCUCCCAGCAAUAUCCAGAGUUUUGAGAUCAGAAAAGUCACAACAGAAAUCAACAGAACAAGAAACGGAAGUUACACAAGCAGCAAUUGAGGCUGAUGUGGAAAGUUGUUCUAUAUUGAAAAUGGAAGAGAACACAAUCAUAGAUCAGAGAAAUGUGGAUCAGAAAAUUGAAAGCAGACAUACUGAACCUAAAAAUACCGAAUCAAACAGUACUGUUGAUGAACCAGUAGAAACAACAUCAAGAUUGUUGAGAUCAGAAAAAUUAAAGACCAAAUCGGCAGAUCAGACAAACAAAGCUUCAACAGUUGUAGGAGCUGAUCAAAGUGCUAAUAAUAAUAUUGAUAUCAUCCCAGAAGCAUCAGCCAAGGUAUUAGGAUCAGAAAACACACAACAGAAAAGUCCAGAUCAGCAAAAUAAGAGUAUUGUGGUUGAGGAAAUGAGAAAAGUAAACUAUAUCAAUCCUCCAGAAGCAACCUCGAGAGUUUUGAGAUCAGAAAAAUCGCAACAGAAAUCAGUAGAUCAGAAAAAUAAUAGUAUUCCAGUUGAUGAAGGGACCAAAAAUGUAAAAGAAUGUGCUGAAAUUUUCAUUAUACCUCCGGGAGCCACAGCAAGAGUUUUGAGAUCAGAAAAAAUACAACAGAAAGUGAUAGAAGAUCAUUCUGUUAUCAACAGUCCAGUAAAGAAACCGAAGAUGAAUAGAUUGCUUGAAAAAAAGAAAACUACAAACUCUGAGGAAAAUUCAGAUGUUGAAAAUGUUAAUAAAGGCAAAACUCUUGUACCAAGUACAUCGCCCAAGAAAACAUUGAAUGAGAUAAAAGCUCCUGGUGAUAUUCAAGAUAAGAAUCCAAAAAGGGGUGGAAAGAGGCCUCUUAGGUCUAGUAUUAUCUCACCAUCAUCUUCAGGGAGCACUAAUGAUGAAACUACGUCUAAAAAUAUACCAUCAGAAUCUGCAGAAAAGAUACCAAAUCGUUCUAGAAAAGCAAAGUCUUCACAAGUUUCUCGACAAGUACCUAGAAAAGCUGUCAAGAACAUUAAAAAGUCUACUACUGAAAAUAAGAAGAGUAGGGAGAAUAUCGGAAAAAAGGUAGCAUUUUUGUCUGAGGAAAAGAUGGAUGACAUUUUGCCAAAGCAAAAAGCCAGGGCAUUGAAUAAGCGCGAGAAAAAUACAAAAAUUAUGAAGAGAGUUCUGAGAUCCUCAGAAAUCAAACAUCUUCAACCAGGCCUUGAUGAAGCUAAGCCAAAAGUACUGAAUAGUCCUGCUAAAUCUAAAUACAAAAAAGAAAGAAAGGCAAAGAAACAAGAUGAAUCAAUGCCAUUGAGAUCAAAAGUUACUAAGAUGAAUAAACUAAGAAAGAUCGUAUCCAUUAAGACCAAACAAAUAGCCAAAGAAAAGAAGGUGGUGAACUGGAAGAAUAAUGAAAUAAUAGAAGAGAUCAUUCGAGAACUGAAAAAUACGAUCUUCAAGAGUGAACCAGUUGAUGAUGGAUGUCAAUUAGUUGAAGAAGAAAAAUCAACAGCAGUGAAAAACGAGACUAAAUCAAAAGCUGUAUCCGACAAGAAGACAAAAACACCAAAAGAAGUGAAGAAGAUUGGAAUACUAAAAAGUAAGACUAAAGGAAACAAACCUACGACAAAUACAAAAACACACAAACAUGGGUUCAAUAACAGAAAGAAGAAACAGUUGGUCAAGAAAGGAGAUAAAUUAAAAAAAGGCACGAAGAAAACAAGUACUCCUUUAAAGAAAAAAUUGGAAAAGGGAAGUACCAAAAAGAAAGAGAAGAAAUUACAAACUGAUGCAAAUGUCACUGUUCCAGAAGAAAUUGUCGUGAAUGAAGAAAAAUGUGAAGAACCAAAGAUUCCAACUAAAAAACUAAAACGAGGAGACGGCAGAAGAAAAAUCAAAAUAGAAAUUCAAGAAAAUCUCGAGGAAACUGCUAUCCAAGUAGACGAAGAAGAGCCAAAUCAAAAAUCUAAGAAAACAAGAGUAGGAAGCAGAAAAAGCUUAAGGAACACGAACGCCAUCGAGAAUGUCACUGAAGACAAUAAUGUCAAACAAGAGAUCCAAGCGCCUCCAAAAAAGGCGAGAACAAGAAAAAUCAAAGAGCAACAAUUAGAAAACACCACCCCAAUAGAAACAGUUGGCACCGCCAUAAUAAUCGAAGUAGAUGGAACUCUCAAUGAGAAGAAGAAAGAAGAAACUAUCGAAAAUCCAUCCAAGGAAGAAAACGCUGUGGUCAUCAAAGUUGAUAGCCAAGAAAAAUCAGUAGAAACAGUCAAACGUGAAGGGAAAAGGAAGAUCAAACAAGUUCUAGUUGAUAAAAGUUCGCUACCUGUCGAAUUAAAUUCCAAAGAACAACCUCAUGCUAUUGAAAAUUCGUUUGUUCUGGAAGAAGCACCCAGUGUGUUACCAGCAACAUCCAGAGUUGAAAAACAAGAGAUGAUUAGCAACCCCAUAUUCACACCCCCAGCCAAACGGAAGAACGAAGAAUUGGAGCCACCGAGACCGAUAAAAAAGCAAUUCUCGAAAAAUACCUCCAUCAUCAUACACGACGAUAUUAUUCUGCCCGAGGAAGCCACCAAGACCUCAACGAAGCCCACCAAGGAUUCAGACAAAAAAGGCGACAUAACCAUCUUUGAUUUCGAGGAAAACGACGAACCGGAAGUGGUGCCGUUGCGCCACAAGAACUCUGCCACAAAGAACACAGCCAAGCAGAGCCCGCUAGCUGAACAGGCCGCUGCCACAAAUGGAAUCCACCAUCAGAACCUAGCCCAGCAGAGCCCGCAAGCAGACCAGCCCGCUGCCGCGAAGGCCGCGAAGCUGUGGUCGUGCAUCGACGUGAAGUUGCCGCGCAAGAAGAAGAAGCUGUGGACCACCGUGGUGGAGAUACCGGCCAGGAGGCGGCUGCACAAAGAGAAGAAGUACACGGUGGUGUUGGACGACGACGAUUUCAUCAGGAUCAUCCCGCCGCCCAGCGUGAAGAGGGAGGGGGAGGGAGGCGGGGGACAGGGGGGCGGUAGGUCCGAGGGGGAGGUGGGGCAGCUGGGCGGUAGGGUGGUUGAGAAGAAGGGGGUGGAUUCGGGCAAGCCUGGCGGGUCUGCAGAUGAAACGGUAUUUCUUCCACCAUCCCCUAUCAAAUCCGAAUCUCCCAUGAAACAACUGACCAUCACCGAGAUGUUUAGCAAAUUCUCCAAGAAAAAAACACAAGUGCCAAGACCAGCGUUGGACGACUGCAUACCAACUAGGAGCGUUCAGCCAGAACCGUCAUUAGGGCCCAAAAAGGCUCCCUUACCCCAAACCAGCCCUUCAGCAUGUCCAGGUCCGUCUGGACGGAAACGCGAAGAGAUCACAAAACCGUCGAGUUUCGCGUCUCCUCCUUCCACUCUUCCUCCUCCUUCCACUCUUGCUCCUCCUUCCACUCUUCCUCCUCCUUCCACUCUUGCUCCUCCUUCCACUCUUCCUCCUCCUUCCACUCUUCCUCCUCCUCCUACUCUUCCCCCUCCUCCUCCUCCUACUCUUCCUCCUCCUCCAAAAACCGAACCGCUACGCUACUCGAGGAUCGAACACGCCGAAGAGAAUGACGACGACAGCGAUUGCGAGAGUCGAGCCGAAUGGGUACCCGAAGAGUAUGCCGAGUACAAGUUCAAGUAUUCCGCGCAGAAGAUGAUGCAAAUCAAGCCGAUAUACAAGUGCAAGGUGUGUCUGGCUCUACUGCCGAGCUACUACAAAUUGGUGAAGCACAAGAAGUGUCACGAGAACGUGGACAACCCGUACAAUUGUGCGCAAUGCGGGGCGCUGUUCAAUAACGUUGAAGAUUUUUCGGCGCAUCUGAGGGCACACAAGGGCAAACACCCGUACCAGUGCCUCAAGUGCAGCAUGGGCUUCUGGACCAAGCAGGCAUACGACGAGCACGCCCCCGUCCACGUCUUGCGCAAACAGAAACCGCCCGUGAAGCGGUUCCGAUGCGACGUGUGCGCCAAAGAGUUCGGCAAACUGUGCGACGUCGAACGGCACACGCGCGUCCACACCGGCGAGAAGCCGUGCAUCUGCAACAUCUGCAACAAGGGCUUCCAGCAGAGCCACAACCUCAGCAAGCACAUGCUCACGCACCUGCACAUCAAGCCGUUCCAGUGCGAGAUAUGCAACAGACAAUUCGGCAGAAACGACGUCCUCAACAGGCACCUUCUCACCCACUCCAUCGAAAAACCGAUCAAGUGCUGGGUGUGCUCAAGAGGCUUCAUCAGGCACACCCAGCUCAUCGUCCAUCUGAUGAACCACCAUCCCGACCAUCCGUUGGAGGACCCGAAUCUGCUGGGACCGGAGGCCGAACAAGAGAGGAAGACUGAGGAGGAGGAGUUCGAGGAGGAUGAGGAGGAGGAAGCGGAGGGCAAGUGAUGAGGGUCUAGUUGUUGUGGUUCGGUCGGGAUGAAUUCGCGGAACUGAAACACAGAGAAUUUAUCUUUUUUUUCCGAUACCGAAAUUUUGCUUUGUAACCUCUGGAGUGAAGGUUAUUGUUUGUCUAGCAUCCUUGUUUGCCCAGAUCAUAAUUUGUUUAUUAAAAUUCACGUUUUUUGCUGCGAAGACUUCAAUGAGAUUUUAAAAAAACGCUGAUGCUUCAUGGAAUCUAGAACUCACGGAAUUCACUUAGACUUGUUUGUCUAGUACACCAAACUUUAUCUUCGCAGACUUUUUCAUGAUUUUACGUACUACAUGAACACACUUUAUCGGGAUUUCGCUAACUUUUUUGGGACUUCUUGUUCACAGAACUUCAUCCUUGCUACUAUACGAAAUUCUUUCAUGAUUCUCUAAAUUCAUCUAUGCCUUACGGAUUUCAUCAGACCUCAUGAUCUUGAUGAAUAAUUCACCGACUUUAUGUGUAGCUCUUCGGGACUUGACAGACUUUAGGAAUAUUUUAUCUGGACUUGCACACAAUUGAUUUUUAUCCUCGGGAGCGAAAGUUUUUGGUUGGUUAGCAUCCUUGCUUUUGUUUAACAAUGCUCGAAUUAUAAUUUGUUAACCAAAGUUCACGUUUUUUACUGCAAAGACAUCAAUGAGAUUCCAAAAAAAAAUCGCUGAUGCUUCAUGGAAUCUAGUCCUCACGGAAUUCACUAAGACUUCUUUGUCUAGUACACUAAACUUUAUCUUCUCGAUACUUCCCUAUAUUCUCCAAUAUUAUAUCUUCACAAUUUUUUUCAUGAUUUCACGUACUACAUGAACACACUUCAUCGGGAUUUCACUAACUUCUUUGGGACUUCUUGUUCACAGAACUUCAUCCUUGCUACUAUACGAAAUUCUUUCUUGGUUCUCUAAAUUCAUCUAUGCCUUACGGAUUUCAUCAGACCUCAUGAUCUUGAUGAAUAAUUCACCGACUUUAUGUGUAGCUCUUCGGGACUUGACAGACUUUAUGAAUAUUUUAUCUGGACUUGCACACAAUUGAUUUUUAUCCUCGGGAGAGAAAGUUUUUGGUUGGCUAGCAUCCUUGCUUUUGUUUAACAAUGCUCGAAUUAUAAUUUGUUAACCAAAGUUCACGUUUUUCACUGCAAAGACUUCAAUGAGAUUCCAAAAAAAAAAUCGCUGAUGCUUCAUGGAAUCUAGUCCGCACGGAAUUCACUAAGACUUCUUUGUCUAGUACACUAAACGUUAUCUUCUCGAUACUUCCCUAAAUUCUCCAAUAUUAUAUCUUCACAAGUUUUUUCAUGAUUUCACGUACUACAUGAACACACUUCAUCGGGAUUUCACUAACUUCUUUGGGACUUCUUGUUCACAGAACUUCAUCCUUGCUACUAUACGAAAUUCUUUCAUGAUUCUCUAAAUUCUUAUAUGCCUUACGGAUUUCAUCAGACCUCAUGAUCUUGAUGAAUAAUUCACCGACUUCAUGUGUAGCUCUUCGGGACUUGACAGACUUUAGGAAUAUUUUAUCUGGACUUGCACACAAUUGAUUUUUAUCCUCGGGAGAAGUUUUAGGUUGGCUAGCAUCCUUGCUUUGUUUAACGAUGUCCAAAUCAUAAUUUGUUAACUAAAGUUCACGUUUUUUACUGCAAAGACUUCAAUGAGAUUACAAAAAAAAAUCUCUGAUGCUUCAUGGAAUCUAGACCUCACGGAAUUUACUCAGACUUCUUUGUCUAGUACACCAAACUUUAUUGUGUCUCAAAUAUUUUUUCAUUACUUCAUCGGGACUUCACUAACUUUUUUGGGACUCCUUGUUGAUGAAACUUCAUCGUCAGUACUUCACGAAAUUCUUUGAUGAUUCUCUAAAUUCGUCUAUACCUUAUGGAUUUCAUCAGACCUCAUGAUCUUCAUGAAUGAUUCAACGACUUUAUGUGUACCGCUCCGCUUGAAAGACUUCAUAAGUAUUUUAUCUGGAUUUCACAAAAAACGCACAGAUUUCAGGAGUACUUCAAAGGGACUUCUUCUGGUAGGUACUUCUCUGGCUUGUACGUCAUACUUCCUCGUCGAUACUUCCCACGAAAUUCUUUGAUAUUUCUCGAAGUUCAUCUUCUUCGCGGAUUUCAUUGGGACUUCACGGAUUUCACGAGUGGAUCACAGGUCUCAUUAUUAUUUCGAGUACUUUAUCGACAGAUGCAUGAGACUUCAUCGACAACUUCACGUACUUUAUAUUGAGGUUUCACGUACUUCACGGGGACUGGGAAAACAAUGUAUAUGGACCUCGUGGAAUGCAUGUUUUUGAAGGACUUAUUUUCAGCUUCUUUGCUAUUCUUCAUGAACAAUUCACUCCUUGGGGACUACAUAUGGGACACAAAUUUCACCGAAAUUUCACGGAAUUCAUCAGUUUCGCGCACUUUUAUCGGGACUAUAUUUUCAAGUACUUUUGUUGGAACUUUACGAGACUUGAGACUACUAGUACUUCUUUUGCUCCAUAUAUUGAAAAUGAAAAUUUGUUGUCAAAUUUAUCCGCGGAUUGUAAAACUUUUUUCUUAUGCUACCGAUUUUCUUUUCAGCGAUGAAGGCCUUAACAUAGAUGAGAUGUAAAAAACAAUCUAUAAAAUUUUAUAUCAUGAGCUCUGUGAAAUAUUUCAGGAAUUUUCAGGUUCUUCUCUUUCUCUUGUGUUUUGGUUCUGUGGAAGAAUUACAUGGUAUUUUAUACAAGGUUUUUUAAAAUAAUUUGUGAAUAAUACAUCAGCCAAAUUUUUCCCUUAGAAGUGUCUAUUUUCCAUUUAUAUAUGUGAAUCAGAAAUAGAUCUCAUUUGAAAAAACUUCUUAAAGAAGAAAAGUCGUGGAUGAUUUUCUAAAGAAAGCUGUUGAUAUCCACAAGAAUCUCAACAUUCAUUACAAAAUGAAAUACAGCUGACAGUUUAUUUUCGUCUUCCGUAGAUUGUUUACCAAUUAUCAAUUAUUACAUAAGGAUCAAAAAUGAAAUUUAUCAUCAUGAACAAGAUUGUGAUCUUUAUUGUGAGAUUUUUUGAUUUUCUUAGUGGAUCUAUGGAAAUAUUCUAGAGAACGUUAGUUUUUCGAAUUUGAAAUUUUGUCAUUUGAAGAUGAUGAAAUUAAGGUGCUGAAUCAAUGGUUUAUUUGAUUCAUGUUAUUUCAUAACUCCAGAUAUUUUUGUUCAGAAAUAUACAUAGUAUAUAUUUACAAAAUCGAAAAAAUAAAUAUCUAGUUUGAUUUUGAAGAGAAUUUUGAGUCCCUGUUAAGACUUUUGACUGUUAGAAAUUAUUGUAAUGUUAAAUCGAUAAUUCAUUAUUAAAAUAUUAUCGUAUUUUUGUCUUGACUUCAUACAAAGUGUGGUUUACAUAAAGAAUUUGAGUUUCAAUACGGUGUUCUGAAUUUUAAUUAUUCAGCCUUAUUUAUAAUGUGUGUAGUUGGUUAUUAUAACCUCAAUUUUUUAUUCAAAACAUUUUAUAUAAAAUGUUUAUGUAUUUAUCUUUAAAAUAUUAGCUGGAUGCCUUAUUUAUUUUAUUAUAUUCUCAUUUGAUAGAUCUUAGGGAAUUGUAAAAAUGUUGUAUAUUACUUGAGAAGAACAGUUUUUUUUUAUAUAUAUAUUGUACAAAAGUUAUUUUAUUUGAUUUAUUUGGUUAGUUGUAAUAAUUUUAAUAUUAUACACUUCUUUCUCUAAUGAAUAUAUUUUCUUGUGGAAAUA